CGGUGUCUGUUGGGGUCAGCUGCUUCACUCUGGUGGCCAUCUCACUGGAGAGAUACUUCGCCAUCUGUCGACCCCUUCAUUCUAGAUCCUGGCAGACUCUGUCACACGCCUACAGAUGUAUCGCAGUGUGCUGGUUCUUGUCUGCCGCCUUGAUGACCCCAACAGCAGUGUUCCAGAAACACACAGCCAUUGGUAACGGCGCCCAUAGGUGCAGGGAGAUCUGGCCUAACCUGGGAGCGGAACAGACCUACACCGUCGUCCUUGACCUGGCCUUGCUAGUGCUUCCGGUGACAGUGAUGGGCGUGGCCUACAGCAGGGUCGUGCAUGUGCUGAUCUUUGAUGUUCGGUCCAGUCUGGAGUUGAACUCAACUAAUAAUGGCACCAGAAUGAUUUCCCAAAGGAACAGACGAGGGCAAAGGCCGGCAGGGAAUAGAAUCCGCCACAGCAACUCGCUGAAGAUUCGACAGAACAAGAUGAGAGUGAUCCGGAUGCUGUUUGCCGUAGUGAUGGAGUUCUUCAUCUGUUGGGCUCCCGUCUAUCUCAUACAGACGUGGAUAGUCUUUCAUCAGGAAAGUGCUUAUCGGACGCUGACGCCACUGAGCAAGAACCUGUUUCAUCUCUUGAGCUACGUCUCCUCCUGUUGUAACCCCAUCACCUACUGUUUCAUGAACAAGAAGUUUCGAGAAGCUUUCCUAAGAGUUUUUCAGUGCCACGGAACCCCACAAGGUCUCAGAGACCGACGGAUGGAUCGGUCCCACAACAACCACUACAGCGAGCACACAACGACAGGCACUCGGAUCUUACGUCUCAGCGAGCGACUCAAGCCAGCCGUAUCCACAACAGAA